AUGGACCUCGCUACCGCCAGCCCGCGACAGUGGCUCUAUGGGCUCGCCGAGAAACUCCUGAAGCUGGCUGACAUGGUGACUGCGCCAGAAAUGAAGGGCGUGGAGAGUGUGUCUGAGUUAGAUCACCACCUGAGAGACUUGCUGACAGAGCAGUUCCGUGACUCUAUCCAUCGACUUUGUCAAGAUGCACCAGCUGUUGCAGAAGUCAUCGCUGCAACAAUCCGGGAAAAAAUCCCGGAUCCGUCUCUUCGUUCAUCUUUGAAACGGAAACCGAGACACGAUCCAUCCUAUCGGCCGAGUUACCAAAAGAAGAGGCAUCGCGUUGAGUCCGUGGUCCCUGAGACUGUGGUUCUGGAACAUGAAACCGAGCAUGCGCUGGAUCCUGUGGUCCGUGUUGACACGACUGGAAGUAAAUCUGAGUCUCGGCGCGAGAGCAGGUCAGACUUCACGCUACUUGCCGCGCAUCAAGAUGUCCUUGAACCUGAGAAUAUGUAUAGCAGCACAACGCCGAUACUCUCGAACCGGGAGCAGACUGUGCCGCCACCUACGCCCCAAAAAGAUAUCACUAAGGAUAUGUCUUUCAACGACACACUCUCUGAGAUCGUCAACAAUGUCAGCCUGCUUAAGAAACACCCAGACGACCUGCCGCGCACCGUCCAUCAGAAAAUCCUGCAAAGUCUUCACACUGAUCAGGGCCCGUUCAGCGAACCCGAAGCCAGUCAUUGGUCAGAUGGAAAAGCGUGGUUGGAGGUGUUGGAGAAAGGAUCGGCCACAAGUCGUCGAUGUAUCGUCUUCAAUAUGCUAGAACAUAUGGGCGCCUCAAAAUGGUACGACGGUCAGAUUGAGGUAGCAAAGCGAACGGUCCUCACCAAGCAGAAAAAGCCUGUGGAUGAGAAAGGGGCAGCAAUGCAUGUGCUCGGCCGUAUCACCAAUGAACCUAGCAAAAGAAAAGCCAUUAGUAACCAAUUCUCUCGAGGGAAGAGGGUGCGCCUGUUGGUCAAGGAACUCGGGCUGGGAAUCAUCUUGAGCUCCAGUAUCUGGAAAUACACCAAGAGAAAAGAGCCUGAAUUUAAUCAGCUGCUUCUAAACUUUAAAGCAGACUCUCGAUGGAUGGCUCUGUUUCAGACUCUUACUCCGCAGUUGGAACUGCUGGUACGUAGUGGCUCGACUGACCCGGAAGCCUUGUACGAUUCUUUGGGACAACACCAUCUGGUCUCCAAUGAAGAGCUUCAGGAAUUGAUGGUAAAAUAUGCUUUGGAACACGAAUCGCUUUCGGACGGCGCACUGAAUGCCGCAUAUACUCAACUAAUCAGUCGGGUCAGUAAGGAGGUAUUUAAGAAGCAGACGUUAAGUGACCACGAUACAUUCAUUAUCGAUCAUAGCCUCAAACUACCAGCCGAUAUCUUUUAUGCCUUACGACCCGGGCAAUGGCUCGACUGCUGGGUCAUCAAGGUAGCUAUGCAUAUAGCAGACCGGCCAGCGUGGGUGCAUUUUCGCGAGAGCAUUCCGGUGAACGACAUCGGAAGGCACGAGCGAAUGAGAUCAAUAAAAAAGCCCUUUAGCGCUUGGGCAAAGGAAAUGGUUGAGCUUCGUAGAAAAGCAGAAGGCACUGUCCCCCUAACUUUCUACACUCCCGUCCACCACAUAAAUUCUCAUUUCACGUUACUUGAGAUCGAUGAUGGUGAAAAAGUGAUCCGCCAUUAUGACUCAAUGGCAGAGCCGACCGUUAUCAACGGCACGGAAAAGACGAAAGUUGCCACUCUGGUUGAGGAUGAGUUUAAUCAUUUAGGAUACCGCUAUAUUGAAAUGCCUACACCGCAACAGAGCGACAACUGGAGUUGUGGAGCUCGAGUGAUAUGGGCUUUCAGAAAACGAUGCAAUGGUUUUGAUAUCGGGUCGUGGGAUACCGUGCUGGAUUCCGGACGCAUACAGUUAGAUAUCGUCAACAGUCUUACCGCUUGUAUUGAUUCGAACGCUAUGCAAAAAUACAGCCGAAGCCGCGGUUGUCGAGCCACGAAUGAUGCAUCAAUGCCAGAUUUCCUUGGCGAGGAAAGGUCCAAGCAGGGCUGCGUGGAUAUGAUAUGUGUCGAUUGA